AUGGCCACCAAACCGCGCCCAAUUUCUUUGCAACUUGACCCACCGGUUAACUCCUUAGCGAGUCCAGAUAAUGAGCCGACCACCUCAACAAGCCCAGCUGGAGAUGAUUCCACAAAAACUACUGCUUCUGCAAGACGACAUGCUAAAGGCUUGUCACUGAAUUUCCCCAUCCUAUUACCAACCACGGGCUCGAGCUCGCAGUUCUCUGUUUCACCAACCACUGCUUCUGCACUGGCUACUCCAAUUGGAUCCACGCGAUCCUCCCCUCAUACCCGAGCAGUCCCCUUCAGGGUAUCCGAUACGAUAGUUGAGGUCCCUAGCAACGGCAAGGCGCGCGGUAGUGCAGACUUCCUGACCCUGUUGGCCGCCCAGGAACGGAAAGUGUUGGAGUUGAAGGAAGAAUUACACAAGGCACAAGUUGACCUAUUGGGAUUGAAGAAACAGUGGGCUUCCUAUGAGGCAAACAAGAAGAAAGAGGAAGUGAAGCAUGUCAAGAAGUUGCAGCCCCUGGUGCUUGACGAGGUGACCACUUCCGAUAUUCCAGAGGAAGAGAUCGACGAGGAGCGGAGAAGGAAGAAGGCACUCGUGGAGAGGAGUCUCAAUAAUACCAACAACCCAGAUGUCAACAGUGGAACAUCGAAUCUUGGCCGAAGAGGAUCCAAACGAGUGUUCGAAGGAAGGCAUACCCGAACUCUGAGUCUACUGAGCCCAACGUCCACAAAACCCUAUCAGAUCAAGACGUCUAUUGAGGCGGACGAGGUACAAACCAAGAGCCCGACAUCGCUCGAUCGCGAGGAUCCUGUGAUCGGAUCUUCGCUGUCAAGAAUGGCUACCCUGGACGGUCUCAUUUCAGCCGAUCCUCUACAGUUCGGCUUUGGGAAAACAUAUAAAGAUCUCGCGGCUCAUCGAAGAUCGUUACCACCGGUUCCCACUGACCUCCUGGUUAGACAAGGUAGGCAGGUAUACGAUGGAGUGCGAGAAGGGCUGUGGACAUUCUUUGAAGAUAUCAGACAAGCAACCGUCGGAGAAGAAGGCGUGAGUGGGACCGCAGCACAACAACGACCACAGCGAGCGACGCAAAGAAAACCAACCAAAAAGUCUUCUGACAAGUCGCAGAGAGCAAAAGCGAACAAUUCCGCAUCGCGGGAUUCCGAACUAGCCGCGAAGGAACCGUCCUUCUGGAAUGAAUUUGGGAUAGAUACACCUCAUAAGUCGGCUACUACACCACCCGCCAAAGUGGACAAGAUCAAUGGUCACGUCCAAUCAAAGCGUAGUACCGAUUCCAGUAGCCCGCCCAGCCUUUUGCCAGACUCAAAUGAUGAAGAGGUGGAAGAUGCAUGGGAUGCAUGGGACUCCCCCGAGAGCACACGGGAGCACAUUCCAGAAAGCGGAAAGAAGGGUUCAAAUGAAAGCUUGCCGCGGCCCGAGAUUCAAAAACUGACCCCCAGCAAACUGACCAGGACAGUGAGCGAUCUCAUGCGGGAGUGGGAUUCAGGAGAGCAUGAACAAGUCGACGAGACCUGGUCGGCCUUACAUCCAUGA